CAGGGAGGUCUGUUCCUUCCUGAGCGUUCUUCCGGCUUACAUGUUGUUGGGAGAAAGAAAAGACGAAUGGGAAAAUUGCAAUAAAUAGCGACAAUUGCUCAGUAACUCUGCGAUACGGUGACAAACUGUUAAAAUGAGUUCCCAGCAAUUCUCAAGACAUGGGCUGCCUGCUCCCACUGGAGGAGCAGCCCAGAUCCCUGCUGGCGGAAACCUGGUUCCUGUGAAUCAGCCAUCAAAUCAGCAAGCUGGUGCAGAUUUGGAUAACAGUCGUGAUGCUGACCAUGGGCCGCAGGAUCAUCCUCCCAGUGGGGGUGGAGGAACCUUAGCUUUCAGAGAUGACAAGCAAGAGACCGUGGUGGUCAGACCUUACCCACAGGUCCAGACACACGGCCAGCCUCAAGCCUCGCCCCAGACAGUGCCCAUCCAGCCUGGUACGCCUGUGACUGUGCCUGCCCCCUCUGUACAUCUCCCUCAGGGCCAGCCUGCAGCCCUCACUGAGGGCCAAAUGAAGGCUGUGUUGAAGUCACCUAUGCCAAGUCGUCUCAUUGCCCCAGCACCAGCUUCCAACCAGGGUCAUAUUCCCAUACCCCCAAAGGUGCCUGGUCACAUUACUGUCACUUUAGAGAGCAGUAUUGCUCCAACCCCGUCCAUUCCUGUGGCAACCAUUAGCGGUCAGCAGGGUCACUCCAGCAACCUACACCACCUAAUGCCAGCUAACAUCCAGAUCAUUAGGAGCAGUCCCCCUGCAUUGCAGAUUGGGACUCCUGCGGUCCCUCCUCAGACAUUCACCUCCCAUUUACCUCGGGGGGCUGCUGCUGCAGCUGUAAUGUCGAGCUCCAAAACUGUCCUGCGGCCAGCGUCUGGAGCCAGUGCCGGUCCCGGCCAGCCCACAGUGCAGCAUAUCAUCCACCAGACUAUUCAGUCUCGCCCUGCAGUGACCACCUCUACAGCCGUGCUCCCGACCGUUGUGGCUCCUAUCUCAGCAACUAGAACUCAGUCUCCAGUUAUCAGCCCGACAGUCACACACUCUGCAGACAUGGUGCAUGGGCGCCCUGGACUGACUAUUCACCCUCCUCCAGCCACCAUCAGUAUUCAGAGGCCUCAGACGUCCCGGGACACCGCCACACGUAUAACACUGCCCUCACACCCUGCAAUUGGAGCUCCAAAGCCCCAGCCUCCACACACCAUGACACAGAAAUCUAUCUUCAGUACCGUGACACCAGUAGCUGCAGCAACUGUGGCACCAAUAGUUGCCACUAACACUGUGCCAUCAACCACCACAAUAGGCACUGUGCCACAUACCCAAAUGACCAGUAGUACUAUUGUUACCAUGACAAUGGCCUCACACUCCUCUCAUGCUACAGCAGUGACCACCUCUGCCAUCCCUGUCGCUAAAGUGGUCCCUCAGCCCAUCGCCCACACUUCUCCCCGUGUACAGCCUGACUACCCAGGAGAGAGGGCGAACCUCAUCCCCAUCUCAGGCCACCGCUCAUCUCCCAACCCAGUCACCAUGGAAGCAAGAAGUGACAACAGGCCAUCUGUGCCAGUGCAGUUCCAGUAUUUCCUGCCCACCUACUCCUCAUCUCCAUACCCUCUGACACACACUUACACCCCAAUCACAAGUUCUGUCUCCACCAUCCGCCAGUAUCCUGUUACUCCUCAAGCUCCAAGUUCUGCAUUGCCCACCCAAGCUGGAGUAGGAGUGGCCACCACUGUCCACCUAAACCCCAUGCAGCUGAUGGCAGUGGACCGGAUUGGUCUGCAGUCUGCACAAAUCAGUACCCAAGGGAUCCAGCCAGCACCAAUUGCUGCGCAGGGGAUUCAGCCUGCACCGAUAGGAGUGCAGGGUUUGCACACUUCUGCGUCGAUCACCACUCAAGGAAUCCAGCAGGCACCAAUAGUCACUCAGCAGCAGCAGCAACAGCAGCAGCCACAGUCUGAAGCGAAACCUGGAGUUGUUUUGGCUGACGGCUUUGUAGCUAGCCCCAUCAGCAGCACAUUCAGCAGCACCCAGCCAGUAGCUACCAUGGUGCAGGCACAUGCCCAGGGAGGAGUAGGAGGAGCUCCCACCCUGGUGUCCUCCCCGAGACCCAGCAUCCUCCGCAAGAAGCCUACCAAUGAAGGUUGUGUUCGUAAGAACCUGAUCCCGGCCCAGCCCAGCGAGGCCAACAGUGGCAGGAUCGAGAGUGGAAUGAGAGGAGCAGGAUCUCCCAGACCUGCAGGUGUGAAGCCCAAAGCUGAGGUGCACAUGGCCAUGGCACCUCCCGUCAUGGCUACAGUAGAAGCAUUGCCCUCUCAGGGUGGGGAGCAGCAGGCUGUGUCCUCCAAUGCUCAGCACCUCGCCCAAGCCAUUCCUACUAUGUUGGCCCCCCCUGGGCCUGUGCCCCCCUCCCAGCCAUCCACCGUGCUCUCUGCCUUGCCAGCAGCCAUGGCUGUCACCCCCCCUGUUCCUGCCUCAAUGGCCAACACAGUGUCCUCUCCCACUCAGCCUGCUGCCAGCAGCACCGCAGCAUGUGCUGCCAGCUCCGCUUGUCCUGAUGUGAAGAUCAAGCAGGAGGUGGAGCCCAUGGACACUUCACAGCCAGAUGCCAAUGUGAACUUGUCGUCAGCACCAGCCCUCACCACCCAGGCCUCCUCCCUUAACACUCCUGCUACUGGAGAUCUGAUCCCUGGGGCUUCCCCCAGGAAGAAGCCCCGCAAGCAGCAGCAUGUUAUUUCCACAGAGGAGAGUGAGAUGGUGGAAACCAAUAGCACAGACGAGGAGAGGGCCACCGGCAGGCCCCUCACUGGCCGGGCUGAGAGGCGCGAAUCUCCUCCAAGGGAAUAUGUCGACGAGGAAGGAGUGCGUUACGUACCAGUGAGGCCACGGCCACCUGUUACCCUUUUGCGUCACUACCGUAACCCAUGGAAAGCUGCCUACCAUCACUUCCAGAGAUACAGCGACAUUCGGGUCAAAGAGGAGAAGAAGGGCUCCUUACAGGAUAUGGCCAAUCAGAGAGGAGUGGCAUGCAGAGCACAAGGCUGGAAAAUUCACCUGUGUGCUGCACAGCUCAGGCAGCUGUCAAGUUUGGAGAAUGAUGUGUACAGCCGCCUCUCCACCCUUCAAGAAGACCUGAUUCCAAAGAAGAGAGCGGGAGCUGAUGACGACCUUCACCGAAUUAAUGAGCUUAUACAGGGUAACAUGCAGCGCUGUAAGUUGGUGAUGGACCAGGUGACUGAGGCCAGAGACACCAUGAUGAAAGUGCUUGACCACAAAGACAAGGUACUGAAGCUACUCAACAAGAAUGGUGCUGUCAAGAAGUCCUCCAAACUGAAGCGCAAAGAACGGGCAUAAGUGGGUGCUACUCCUCUGUCGACGCCACCGCUGUCCCCUCUGAACGGGUUAAGGAGCUGCUCAGAAUCUGGUGCUAUGAUUUGCUGCGCACAAUCGCACGCACCCUCCCCAUCUGCCUGAGAGUGGACGGAGAGAAGUGACAGGAGGGGUUCAAAACCUGAAAAGCAGAAAAUCCCAUCAAGAGAAGGUUCUCAUUCAAGACAGUGCCGAGUGUGGAAGAUCUUAGGUUGCAUUAGAUCGGCCAACUGGCUGGCUCCCUCAGUUUUUUUUCUCCCCUCCCUUGUCUUUUGUUCUAUUUUUGAAGGCCCAAGAGACCAUUUUAGUCAUUUUUUGUUUCACCUCUUCAUUUUGUUUCCCAAGAGAAAGUGUUCCAAAUAUCACAUAGUGUCACUUCUGUGGUAUUUGGCACUCUCUCCCAUAUAAUGCAGGAGCAGUAAAUCUCAGAUCCCGUUUGCCCUGUCAGUGAUAAAGUGUUCAAACUAAGCUGAAAGACUUGAGCAAUUACUCUGUGGGUUAAAUCAAAAUUGUAUCAGAGGAAUCCUUUAGUAAACGGUGUGUAUACAGACUAAUCUUGAUCUCGCCCUUGUGCUCUUUUCAUCAAUCUGUGCCUUCAUUUUCUUGGUGUACCUGAGAUGGACCGGGACGUGUGAAAGCUCUCCAAACACUAUGGAAAUCUUAAAAUAGAAUUUAUCAUUAAAAAUAGGGUCAGAGGUCAAUUUCACUUCUUCUCCAUUUUCUCAGAGGACCCUGCAUUAUUUUAAUUUUUUGUUAAGGUGAGAUUUGAUUAUCUAGUAUCACAAAAUGUAUUAGCUAUCGGCCACAAGUUUAGGUUUGAUAUGUUCUACUCAGUCUAAACGUUUCAUGGAAGACCGUAGUGGAUUGAGGAAAAAGUAUUACUAUUAGAAAACUUAAAAGUGGCACGUUGAAUUGAUGAAUAUACAAAGAAAAAAUGCUCUUAAAGGAUAAAUUGUGUCCUUAGAUGUUUAUUUGAUGAUGAAAACACACUGAGUAUGCAUAAUGCUGGGUUACCUUUACAUGUAAAACUGCUGUCCAUCUGAGUGCGUGGAUAUCAUGCAGUGAUUACAAUGUACAUUUGGUUUCAAAAGGUACCGUGCUUGAAAGAAAAGAGUAUCUCUGUGUAAUUAGAGUGGUGGAAUGCAUUUAUGUAAAUCACUGUAAAUGUGCUUUUUGGUUUUCCAUUGACCUGGUUCUUUUCAAGUUUUGUACUCUAUGAAACAUUUUGUGCUGUGUGAUGUGGCGCUUCAUUCACAGAGUGUAACGAUAAUAACGUUAUGAGAUGAAGUCAGCCUGAAACAUCCAGGUAUUGUACAUUGUUUUUGUCUGUGUAAUUAUAGUAAAGUUACUUCAACAAUACAAGA